GCAGUAUAAAACUGUCAUGGCGUCUUCCAGUAAAGGAUUGCCUCGUAGGGGAGGCUCUGCUCUUCAAAAAAUUGCCCAAAAGAAAGAGCACGUCAAGCAGUUGCCUCGUGUGAAGAAGAUCGAGAGAAUAAGCAUGUACCUUUCCUGUCAGUAUGGUGCCUGUUCUUGUCAAGGUUGGCGUCCGCCAGCAUCACAAGAGACCCUCCGACUCUCAGACACAUGUCGUUCCUGUAGACAUCCUCUGGAGAAUCACUGUAUUCCAAUUAAAGAGCAGAGCGACGAGCAGUUGGAUCGAAUAUUAAUGGUCGUCUUUGACAUGGACAAUAUAUCGCUACAGGCUCGUAGCGAGAGGGAAGACAUUGACCUGAGGAAGAAUUACAAUCUAUUGUUUCAUUUCUUGAAGAAGAACAUGCUACAGCCUAGGAUUCCUCCAUUGGUCCAUGAUAAGAUAGGGACGCCACCUUUUGAAAGACCAACCAUUACUAAAGCUAUUACUAAUUUUGUUGCUUAUAAGUUUAACAAUCUUCCUCAAGCUGAGUGGCAAAUGAUGUACGACUUAGCUAAGAUGUUUCUCUAUUGUUUUAACCACUGGAAGUUGGAGACGCCUACUAACCAUGCUCAUUCAUCAGCAACUGACGAUCACAAAGUUUACAAAGAGAAUUAUACUAGGUGGAUAUGUUUUUGUCAUGUGCCAGUUUUUUGUGAGAGUUUGCAGAAGUUUGACACGACGCAUGCUUUUGGUCGUACUCUCCUCAGCUCGGUCUUUUUGGUUCUUAGACGCCAACUAAUGGAGCGAUUCACAUCAGAACAAGAAAAGAUGAUACCAGAAAAAAGAAACUUAAUACUUAACCAUUUCCCACGUUUUCUUAAUAUAUUAGAAGCAGAGAUAUUCAGUACCUCUUCUCCAAUAUGGCGUGAAGACUUCACUACCGGUGGUGACGUUGUUGCUGCUCCUUCUCCUGCUGGCUCAUCAUUUGCUCCUAGUCCAUCAUCAGCUGCUGGCCUAGCAGGACCGCUAUCCGUUGGACCUGCUUCAGUGGGUCCUGGAUCCGUGGGAACAAGAGAUUAUCCCAAUCCCAGCUCCUUUAGAGCUAGUUAUGUCAUACCAUCUCCUGCUUCUGUUAAUGUAAUGCCAUCACCGGGUCAGGCACACUUUACUUCUCCUCAAAUUUCCAUGUCUGGAGAAGCUGCUGACUCUCCCUUUCAUAUUUCGCCACAUCAAAGUAAAGGUGGGCGGAGUCAACCAAACUACGAUACUUCUUCAUUGGACGUUGGACCUAUGCCCAAGAGACCAAAGAUUGAAGGUCAGGAUUCAUUCCAAGUUGCUAGUGACAUCCUCCAGACAGUAACCGACCCUAGAGCAAUGCUGGGACCAGAGACUGGUUUCUUUGACGAACAAGUUUCACGUGACCACACUGCGAAACACGAGGAGAGAAAUGGUAUCAUUUGUUUCCAGUUAUUGCACAACUCAAUCAAAGUCAAGCCUCACGAUGAUCACCUCAUCUGGCUACUCGAAUUAAAGCAAAUGUUCUCACGCCAACUGCCGAGAAUGCCAGUGGACUAUAUAACUAGAAUAGUGUUUGAUACGAAGCAUUACUCUCUUGCUUUAAUGAAGGAGAAGCGUGUCAUUGGGGGAAUCUGUUUCAGACCGUUUGUCCAACAAUCAUUUGCUGAAAUUGUCUUCUGUGCAGUUGCAGCAAACGAACACCUCAAGGGAUAUGGUACACACAUGAUGAAUAAUUUAAAGGAUUAUUGUAUCAGACACUCUUUGCUUCACUUAUUAACUUAUGCCGACUCAACAGCUAUUGGAUACUUUAAAAAACAAGGGUUUUCUAAGGAUAUAAAGUUACCACGCCCACAUUUUGUUGGUUAUAUUAAAAGUUAUGAAGGAGCUUUAUUAAUGGAAUGUGAAUUGAAUCCUAAAAUUCCUUACACUCAUCUCUCUGACAUCAUCAAGAAACAGAAAACAAUAGUCCAUCAGUUGAUUGAGAGGAAGCAGGCUGAGAUUCGUAAAGUUCAUCCUGGCCUGUCCUGCUUCAGAGAAAGGGGAGGGGCUAAACGUCUUGAACUAAAAGACAUUCCAGGAAUACUUGAGACUGGCUGGAAACCAUCUGGGGAAGACCCCAGGACGUCUUAUCAGAUUGAAUUAGAAUCUGAUAUAGAGCGACUGGGUGAAGCUCUCUCUAAUGUACUCACGGAAUUAAAAGAUCAUCCUAUCUCUCGUCCUUUCCAUGAUCCAGUAAACGAGGCCCAAGCUCCUAAUUAUUACUCAAUUAUCAAAUUCCCAAUGGAUUUAAAUACUGUAAGUGAGAGGCUAGCAUCUCGCUAUUACAAUUGCUUGAGGUUGUUUAUUUCUGACAUGAAGUGGAUAUUCAACAACUGUCGACUGUACAAUGAGAAAGGCACUGAGCUUUAUAAGAUGGCGAACCAAUUUGAGAAAUUUUUUAUAAAUAAAAUGAAAUCCUCCGGGCUUUGGUACGACAUUAAUGCAUGAUUAAUUUUAGUGGAACUUCAUAAUUUCAUUCUGAUUCAUACUCUGAUUCAUACUGAUACACUCAUUCCUGAUCAACUUUGAAUUUAAAUUUUUUUAAUACACAAAAAUGAUUAACUUAUUGAUGAUAAUAAAUGAGAGAAAAAUAAUUGUUAUUAUAUUAAACCUGAUUAUUGAAUGCAUAAAAUUUAUAUCAUUUUAAAAAUAA